AUGGCUUACCUCCCGUUUAUUUUGAGCUUUUUCUUGGUGGUUUUCGCCACUUAUAACCCUCAGGCCGUUGCUUCACCGUUGAUCCUGCCUUUGGAGCCGGAGUUAACUCCCACUCUGGAAUUGUACGCCCAGCGAAGGGUGCAGGAGAGCCCGGCAGCAACAGAAGCAGACCAGCAGCAGCAGGAGCAGAAGCAGCAGGAGCAGAAGCAGCAGGAGCAGCAGCGAGAGCAGCUGGAAGAAACAUUUGUUUCUCAUGAGGCGGCUGUCAGGGAAGAGAAUGCGGAGGGAGCCUGCAGCACAUCUACGAGUGCUUGA